AUGUCAUUGUCCAGUGAGAAUUUUGAAAAAAAUGAAAAUUUGAAUGGUGUAAGUGCUGCACUAGUGGAUAAAAGCUUUCCGCCUAUAAACCCUAAGUACCGUUCCAAGAGUUUGUCUACAGAUAAGUUAAACACAAAUAAUGCAGAUCGUGCCGCGAUUUUAGAGGAUAUAGAGGCUCAGUACAUAACUGACAAAUUAGAAACGCCUAGUUGUUUGGUUAGAAAUAAAGUAAUGGAAUCUCAUUCAACGCUCAAUGGGUUCAAAGACAACAAAGCCACAUAUGGUACCGACAGUCCUGUGGCAGGACAAAGGGGUCGGCGUGUAAUAUUCUGCGUACAUGGAAACCCCUCGACAGGAUGCUGCGCUGUCAUCGAAACGAGUGCAGAUGGAGAUAAUGGCGAGAGGGGAAAUGGUAGCAUUAGUGAAGCUGAAAGACAUUGUCACAGAUCGAGAAAUGAAGAAAUAGAUAAAAGGGCACGAAGAAAACUUAUAAUAGCUAGUGUAUUAUGUGUCAUAUUCAUGAUAGGUGAAAUUGUUGGUGGAUACUUAUCAAACAGUCUGGCGAUAGCAACUGAUGCGGCACAUCUCUUAACGGACUUUGCUAGUUUCAUGAUAUCGUUAUUCUCGCUUUGGGUCGCAAGUAGACCCGCUACUAGAAGGAUGCCUUUUGGCUGGUAUCGAGCUGAAGUUAUAGGCGCUUUAACGUCGGUUCUUCUGAUUUGGGUGGUGACCGGAGUCCUCGUGUACAUGGCUGUUCAAAGAGUUAUAUAUAAGGAGUUCGAGAUCGACGCGACCGUUAUGUUGAUCACAUCUGCUGUUGGAGUUGCUGUGAAUUUAGUUAUGGGUCUUACUCUACACCAACAUGGGCACAGUCACGGGGGCGGCGGUCACGGCCACUCUCACGGCGGCAACAAUCCUAUACUCAAUAACAAAAAGGAACGCUCAGACUCCGAUGCGGAAAGCUCCUCUUCACACCAGCACGAACAUCGUGCGGAAAACAUCAACGUUCGCGCCGCAUUUAUACACGUGUUGGGUGAUUUCCUCCAAAGUUUCGGCGUUUUGAUUGCAGCCAUCGUUAUUUAUUAUAAGCCCGAAUGGAACUUGGUGGAUCCGAUCUGCACUUUCCUGUUCUCUGUGUUGGUGCUCAUCACUACUUUCAACAUCAUCAAAGAUACUUUACUAGUACUCAUGGAAGGUUCUCCUAGGGGUCUAGAUUUUCAGGACGUAGCAAAUACAUUCUUGUCGCUGCCAGGAGUUGUUAGGAUACACAAUCUACGAAUGUGGGCCCUAUCGCUGGAUAAAACCGCCUUAUCCGCUCAUCUUGCUAUCCGUACCGGCGUAAGUCCACAAAAAGUCCUAGAAGAGGCUACACGAUUGGUCCACGAAAAGUAUAACUUUUUUGAAAUGACCCUCCAAAUUGAAGAGUUCAACGACGGCAUGGAAGCUUGUAAUCAGUGUAAUGAAUUUGAAGAUUCAAAAGAGCAAAAUCCCGGUGUAAUGAUACGUGAUUUAGACGAUUUUACU